AGCGCCCUGCUCUUAUCUCUCUACUUCCUCUACUCUCCCCUCCUCGGGGGUGUACCGAUGCUGCGCGGGCCGAAUAGGCCCCGACGCGCACACACGAGAUCUGGCCGCGUUAAGAAGCGGUUGUUCUUGAAGGAGAGUUAUAAUAUACAUUUAUAUAUAGUCAUUAAUAAGAGUGUUUUUCUUAACUUGACCCACUCCCGGCACCACGAUCCUCUCAGGUUAUGGGCCCAGCACGCUUCCACUGCGCAUGAAAGAAAAAUCGCGUGUGCUUGUGCAGUAAAUUUUGUGGGCGCGGAAAAUUUCGAGGCAAGGACCUUUUAUACGGUGUGCUGAGAUUCGAGGUGAGAGAUGGCUGAUGGUGUGCAAAAAGCCGAUGCGGAAAUGUCGCAAGAAGCCAUAAAAAAGGAUCUUCUGGAUCUGUGGACAUAUUUGAAAAUUGCAUUCGAUUUAGAUGGAGUGCACAAAGGGGAGAAAGUGACUCUCAAUGUAGAGGAUGAAUCUCUUCUGAUAAACACAGAGUUGGGAGCAAAUUACAGAUCUGAGAAAAGAAUGCUGUCGGAUAGGUUAUGGAAGAGCCUAUUAAUCUGGCGUGAGGACAAACUCCUCAAUGACCUGCCGCUGGAGAUGCCGAGGACUCCAUCUGAGUGUCACCCAGCUACCGGUGAAGCAAGUGUUCUGGAAAUUGUUGAAAAAUCGGAGAAGCGAGAUAAGGAAGGUGUGGACGGUGAGAUAGGCGAGUUUGGCGACGGUGAGAUAGGCGAGUUUGGCAAAGGAAUGAUGGUGAGUUUGUUGGCCAAUAUGGCUACGGUAGCUGAGGUCGCCAAAGAGGGUAAAACUUUACCUCUGAUAGUUGGUAAUGAAAUUUUAUCUGACCCUAAGACUAGUGACUACCUCAAACGCAUUAAAGAUAGCAUUAAACCUAAUCCUCCAGUCUCAAAGAAGACAUUAUUCGAAGAUUCAGAAAUCAAUGAACUUCCAGCUUUGACCAAAGUUAGAAUGCAAGAAACCAAAAUCUCAGAAAUGACGAGUGUCCUCUCGAAAUUCUGUACCACUAUCACCAAGACUAUGGAGCAAUUUAGUGCGUUGUUGCUCCAGCUGAAUCAGCUGAUCAUGAUUCAGGAAAAUGUCUUGGCUGUGUCUCAAAAAGAAUGUGCACAGCAGUUGAAAACAACUGAGAAAGUGUACGAAUUGAUUAAAAUUCUGAGAGAGGAGUGGGGCACACAGAUCACUAGAUUUGACAAUGUGGUUGAUAAAUUGGUCACCACGUACAAUCUAGUAGAUAUUGAAGAUGAGGGAGAAUAUGAGGUGAGGACAGCAAAUUUGGCUAACUUGGAAAAAGUACGUUGCUAUGAAUGUCAAGGCUAUGGACACAUAGGUGCGAAGUGUCCAAGGAGAGGUCUGUCUGGCAGACAAUGCUACAACUGCGGCGAGUUUGGAGACCACAGGGCGGCGGAAUGCCCCAAUUCAAAGAAAUUCAAUCAACAAAGAGGAGAAUACAGGUAUAAUAAUGUUCGUUCCCGAGGUCGAGGUAUUAACCAAAGACGAGGUUUAAAACGAAAAGCUGAGUAUAAUGGAAAAUCAGAAAAUGCGAAAAGAGGAAAAUAUAAUGGUCCUAGAGGAAAGAGCAGAAACAAUUACAAAAAUACUAACAAUAGGUGCGAUAAGGGUGGGAACAAAGGAAAUAAUUCAGAUCAAGGGACUCAACAGAACGGCGGAAACUCUACAGAGAAAACAAAUAAUCAUAAAGGUGAGAACAAUAAAGGUGAGAAUAAACCCGAAGAGUUUUUAAAACCGGAGGGAGAACCCAAGCGUAAAAGAGGUAGACCUAGAAAAAUUGAAUUAAAUCCUAAGAUAUUAAAACCUGACAAUGAAGCAGAGACUAACGGUGAGUCUGUAAAUGAUACUAGUUGUUCUAACCUACAAAUUGACGAAAAGUUAAAAGCUGAUGCGUUAUUCAAUGCAGAAUCUGAACAAGCAGAAAUUAAAGAUAAUGAUGAAUUAUAUCAUGCUCUUUUAGCUGAUAUUAAUCUAGACCCUAUUAACUAUAAAGAAGCUAUGUUGACAAAAGAUAAGAGACUGUGGCAGAAAGCAAUCGAAGACGAAUUAAAUUCUAUGAACAAAAAUGAGGUGUGGGAAUUGGUGAGUCGUCCAACAAUAACAAGUGAUGGUAAAAAGGCUAAUAUUAUAGAUUCAAGGUGGGUUUUCAAACAAAAGAUCGAAUCAGAUGGGAAAAUUAAACAUAAGGCGCGACUUGUCAUUCGAGGUUUCAAAGAUAAAAACUAUUAUGAACUAAGGGAGACAUAUGCUCCUGUAUCAAGAUUGCCUCUGGUGCGUUCUGUAAUCGCAAUAAUUAAUAAACACGAUUUAGAUGUUUGCCAAUUGGACGUGAAAACAGCAUUUCUUAAUGGAACUAUUAGGAAUGUUUGGUGUAAAACUCGGGGCAGAUGGCGCCAUGGCGUUUAG